UGCUUUUUGACAAUUUGACGUGGACAGUUGUCAAAACAAAUUCGUGUCGUAGCAGUCUACGUGAUUUAUACGAACUGUUCAUUCGUGUGGAAAUUUUCAAAGUAAGCGGAGCUCAACGUUUUAUUUAUCACAUCAAUCGACAGCCAUGGACAAAGUUGUUAAAUUCGCCGAGCCUGGACGCCUUUUCGCCAAGGAUUCAAUUCGUCUCGUUAAACGCUGCACGAAGCCCGAUCGCAAGGAGUUCCAAAAGAUUGCCAUUGCCACGGCUAUUGGUUUCUGCAUCAUGGGAUUCAUUGGAUUCUUCGUCAAGCUGAUACACAUUCCCAUCAACAACAUCAUUGUGGGAUCGUAAAACUAUAUAAUAAUGCUCACUGGAGACAGGCAGAGGCGCCGGAAUUUGAGAGAACAAUAAUUAAUAAUCAUCACCCUUUUUAUCUAGAUUCUAGAAUAUUAAUUCUUUUUGCUUUCGCGCCGAACAUUAUAUAGAUUAAAUAUACUAAUUUUUUUUUGUAUAGUUACUCCCCCUACCCCCCAUUCACAAUGGUACAUUCAACGAAUGUCAUCUUUUUUGUAACAAAAUUUUCAUGUAUGUGAAAUGUAUUGCAAUAAUGUUCAAAAUUCCAUUCACACAACAUGAACGUUAGUUAAUAAGCGUCAUAAUAAAAAACAUCCGAAAAACUAUUGAAAUUGUUAAA